UAUCACAAUGGAUAAUAACUAACUCCUACUAAUACUUGUCCUUUAUUUGUUCUUAAAGGAGAAACAACUUUCCAUUCACGACACGCUCACGCCGUCAAACCAACUUGAGUGCGUUCCAGGAAACACAUCCCCUCUCCAUUUCAUUCACUUCUCUGCUCUCUCUUUCUCCCACGAAUUCCCAAACUUAUUUUCACGCUUCCAAUUUCCGUCACGUAAACCAUGCAUCACCGCCUCCCAAAUUAGGGUUUCCGACAGGCGCGUGGAGGAAUCGAUGGCGACCGUGAAUCCGCAGCCUCUGCAGUUCGAGGACCCUGCUAUACCCGUCGACGACGAUGACGACGACGACGACGGCGGUGAUGAUGACGCUAUGGAUGACUUGGAGGAUGCGAAUGUUAAUUCAGUGAACGUUGCUGCUAAUGCCGCGGCGAGUGUAAAUCAUGAAGCGGUAGUGGCUAUGCCUUCCAGAACUAGCGAGCUCACUCUUUCUUUCGAGGGCGAGGUUUAUGUCUUUCCCGCUAUCACUCCUCAGAAGGUGCAAGCUGUCUUGCUGCUUUUGGGAGGACGUGAUGUGCAGGCAAGUGUGCCUGCUGUUGAACAACCAUUUGACCAAAGUAACAGGGGCAUGGGUGAUACUCCAAAGCGUUCAAACCUUUCACGAAGAAUAGCAUCCUUAGUCAGGUUCCGUGAGAAACGCAAGGAAAGAUGUUUUGACAAGAAAAUUAGGUAUUCCGUCAGAAAAGAGGUGGCACAGAGGAUGCAUCGGAAGAAUGGGCAGUUUGCUUCCUUGAAGGAAAGCCCAGGUUCAUCUAAUUGGGAUUCUGCACAGAGUUCUGGUCAAGAUGGCACUUCUCAUUCUGAAUCUGUACGUAGAUGUCACCAUUGUGGUGUCAGUGAAAAUAAUACUCCUGCAAUGCGUCGGGGGCCAGCUGGACCAAGGACUUUAUGUAAUGCAUGCGGCCUUAUGUGGGCUAACAAGGGCACACUUAGAGAUCUCAGUAAGGGCGGAAGGAGUCUUUCUGUUGAGCAAAGUGAUCUGGACACUCCUAUUGAUGUCAAGCCUACUUCUGUGCUUGAAGGGGAAUUGCCAGGCAUCCAUGAUGAGCAAGGUAGUUCUGAAGAUCCUUCCAAGUCCAAUGCAGCGGAUGGUUCUAGUAAUCAUGCUGUAAACCCCAGUGAUGAGGAAUUGCCUGAAACUGCAGAACACUUUACGAACGUUCUGCCACUGGGAAUUGGGCAUUCUUCAACAAAUGAGAAUGAACAGGAACCUCUGGUCGAGCUUUCUAAUCCUUCAGAUACAGAUAUUGAUAUUCCAGGAAACUUUGAUUAGAAGGUUCUAAGUGAUUCAUUAAGUUGAGGAGUUUUAUAUAAUGGUCCCCUCUGUAGUAUAUUGUUGGUGUACUAAUCAGAUGCAGAUCUAGAAGCAGUGAAAGUGAUACGUACCAGAGACAAUUAGGAAAUUCGGGGUUAUGAAUAAUUGUAGCCCUCAGAAAUGGAAAUGAUUACGGAUUAGCAAGUGUCAAUCAAGAAGCUCUGCUGUUCCGGUCUAACAAUUAUGUAGUAGUCUGCGAUAUUGAUGCUGGUAUAAGUGCCAAGACAUUGUUUGUGUAUAUGUUAUCCGAUGAUCUUCCUUCUGUGUUUAUAUAAAAAAAUUCAUUAGUUAGGGCCUGUGUUGUAAAAAUGCGGUCUGCUUGUCCCUGACUAUAAUAAUUUCAUUGAGAUCAAAGUUCUGCUACCCUCAUUUUAGAGAUGAAAUUUCGGUGAUAUGCUAUGCUAUGCCACUCAAGGAUGGGUUGCUGGUUUGAAUAUCAACGCAACGGUGUGCUAAUCACGACCUUUGAUGGAGUUUAGGCUUGUGCUGCUGUGCUCCUGGUGAGAACAUUUGGAUAUGUUAAUUAGUACAGAUAGACUAGAUCCAAAUGUACAUACAUAAAUAAAUAUUGGUUGUCGUCUUCUCUAUGUUCUUUCACACUUAUGUUAUCAUUGCUGUUGUGGUGCCCGAAAAUAAUUGCCAUUCUUGUCAUCUUCAUAUCCCAAUAGCCUGAUAUUAUAUUAAGCAUAGUUAUAAUCAAAUAAAAUUAUUGGAAUUUUUACGCUA